AUGAGUUCUCGAUACUUUGCGAGUGCCGGCAUCGCCAUACUCCUCUGCUUGCUCAUAGCAGCGGAGACUUGUAGAGCAUGUUCAGGUUCCAAUGAUUGUAGAAAUGGAGGCACGUGCAACAGCGGAAGUUGCACAUGCUUGAGUAUCUUCACCGGUGCCACAUGCGAAGAAUUCAAGCUGAAAGGGUCUAUCAGUGACGUUGAAGCCAACCUCGAAGCUGUGGAGACGACGGUUUUUAACCUGGCCAAAGACGACAUCAAAAAGGCUGGCAACUCGGGCCUGAGCGCUGCGAAGGCAAAACUCGGCGAAGUCGAAAAGCACAUUUGUGGACUCCUUGGCGAGGCGGUGUAUGAGGCACGUGACUGCAAGCAGCUGCACGACCAAGAGGGAGACCUCCCAUCAGGGUAUUACUCUCUGCGGUCAUCAGGUGAAGGACUGAGGCGGGUGUACUGUAAGAUGGAGGGAAAGUAUGGCGGUGGCUGGACUCGAGUGGGUAGAAUCCAUCCGGAAACCCACAAGGACUGCCCUCUGCAGAUGGAAUACAUCGAGGUCGAGGGAAAGGCCAUGUGUACUCGACCGGCAAGAAACAACUUUCUGGAACCGGGAGUCUCCGGAUUCCUGGCGCCGGACUAUAUCCCUUACACCGAAAUCAGCGGCUACGUGAAAGCAUACAGGCAAGGGACUGUGGAUGCGUUCCGGGACUCGGCCGGGAAGACGGACAAGCAGUGCUUUGCUGACGGCAUAACCAUCACGGCAGGAUACCUAGAUACUCACGUCUUCACGUAUGCAGUGGGCCUUCCCCCAGUCGUCAACAACAUGGGACGGUGCCCUUGCCAUGGGGGUACAGCACCUCCGGAGUUCGUCGGAAGAAACUACACAUGUACGGCAAUGAGAUCCGGAAACCCAGGCUGGCAAAUGUCAGACCAUCUCUGGGAAGACUCGACGCUUUGUCCGGGUGACGACAGCGGUGCGUGGUUCAAGGUGGCGGCACCGCCAGGAUUUGGCAUUGAACGUGGCAAUCCGAUCAGGGUUACUCCUUGCACGGAUGAAGCCGUUGAAAGGAUCGGCAUAGACGAUGCAGAGAUCUAUGUUCGCUGAGCGUGUACGAGUGGAUAGUAAUCUGGGAACAUAUGAAUUCACUCUUCCUUUAAUGGGAGUAAUGUACUAAUCAAGCGUACUUGUAUUUCUCAUAUCAGUGGAACAACACAUACCAAUGCAUGCUCUUGUCCUGAUAGCACUCAUUUUGCUCAACUUUGCUACAAAGCCAAGCUUUGGAGAGUCUCGACCAAUGCUCACAUUAUAAGAAUCUCAAGCAGGCUGCACCAGCUCGUACAACUUUUACAGCUUAGAUAUUAUGUGUCUUUACAAUUCCCAUUCCUUGCAGAAUAGCAAUUUAAUCCUAGAAUGGUGUGCCUCCCUACACCCGAUUGUGUCAUUGCUCAGUAUUGAUUUUUCACAAAUGUUCCUCUUUUUCUUGUGCAUGAAUUUUAAAAUGUGUUUCCUUUGAAUCCAGUAGAUCUGCUACUCAUAGUCUGCUGGCAAUAGGAUACUGCAGAGUGUCUUUGGUCAUGAGAAAACAUUUCGCGACACCUUAGCAUUCGCAUUCAAGUUUAAACUACUCUCUAUCUCUCA